AUGUCCCUAGCUCCUGCUUGUGACCCAGACAGCCGGACGAGUGAUGGCGACGACAAUGGGUGGAUUGAACAGCUGGACGGAGAACAAGGAACCGCGGCACCGCCACCCAGUGAUGCCGGAAUUGGCGGUGGCACCGGCACGGUGGGGAAUAAAGGCAAGAGGUUGUCCGGUGACGAUCAGUCACAGAACGUCUUUAGCGGGUCAAGAGUAGCCUACUUUCUAGAGAGUUUCAGCUGCUUCUCAUACUUCCCCCCUCCUCCGCCUCCUCCUUUCCCUUUCCGCAAUGACUACCAGAAGCCCAUCGUAGUUCCACCCAAGCGCGAGCGCAUCAUCGGCCCGCAGCCGCUUCUCAGCGGCUGUUUGCACCACUCAGAACGACGCAGGCAGACGGCGAGGAUCAAGGCCGAGCUGGAGCGGUGCCGGCGGACGGUGCAAGACGCGAGCCCGGCCCACCUGCACACGGCGUACACAUCGUUCUGUGCGCGGCUGGACGACCCGUACCUCCCAAACGUGCGCCAACGGUAUCUGCGCGAGUCGGUGGACUAUCUCUGCUUCGCCAUGGAGCACACCCAAAAUGCUCUCGACGAGCUGCAGCUCUGCGUCUCCGACCGGCGGGUGUACGAAGAGGCGCACCUGCUCCCGAUCUUUGCGGCGGUCGCCUCCUUCCGUGCGGGCGACACAGACCCCAUCGAAGUCCCCUACCCGCUCCCGCUCGAGCGCAACCUCCUGCCCCCCCUCGUGCCGAGGUACGACGAGUUACGUGUGUCCGGAGCGACGCACCGCGACGAACCGCUAUUUGUCUGGUUCGGGAACGGGCCCGUAGUCACCGCCAACACCAUCCGGCACGAGUUCGCGACCAUGGAGCUCGAUAACGACGACAUGUACACCGUCCUCGACGAGAUCAUCCAGACGAGGAAGCGGGUCAUGGGGUCGUUACGUGUCCGGCUUGUUGAAGACCUGCAAUCGCUCGACGAGGAAAUCCGCCACCUCCCCGCGCGAGACGAGAUGCGCGACGCACUCGAGGAGAUGAUCGAGAUCAUCCGCGACCGCCUCGUGGCGCUCGCGGCCGCCGCGCCGGCUCCGAGUUCUGGGGCGUAG